AUGCGGCGAUCUGUAGCACCAAGUCAGUUGCAGGGGAAUCCCUUGAAAAAGCCAAAAUUUAUACCACCCGGAAGAAAUAAUUCAAGUCAGAGUGAAGAGAUUGCAAAACUGAGUCCAGAUCAAAAAUUAUUUGAGGUUGUUCAAAAUAAGUCACAAAAGGAUUCUAGAGAAUGUGGUUUAAAUCUUGUACAUAAUAAAGUGAGUACUGGAGAAAUUAAUCACAAUGGAAAAUAUCCUGAAGCAUCUGCAAUGCUGACAUCAGAUCUACCUCGUCCAGGCUCCAUCUUCCUACCAGCUGCUGAACGGGUGGCCGUGGUGGGCACUGAGUGGAGGGCGUGCAGAGGAGGCAGACCAGGGUUGGGCGCGGCGGGAGAGCGCAGCGUGUGGAUGUGCUGCGCCGCCGCCACCGUUUUUCAUACAGCCUCAACAGAACUAACAGAGCCCAAGGCAAAAGAAGAGGAUCAUGAUAACCUAGUUAAAUAUUUUAGCGUUGUUUGGUGUAAAGCUUCAAAGAAAAAACACAAAAAGUGGGAAGGUGAUGCUGUUCUUGUUGUGAAAGGCAAGUCACUUAUAUUAAAGGAUUUGGAAGGCAAAGACAUUGGAAAAGGCAUUGGAUAUAAGCUCAAAGACCUUGAAAAUUUAGAUGAAGGUCAAACACUGAUGAUUGGUGGAAAAGAAAUAGAAGUCAUGGGUAAAAUCUCUCCCGCUGAUUUCAACAGUGGCAAAUGUUUUCAACCUGGAGAAGGAAGUCCUGCUGUCUCAGAUUCUCAGAUUACCAAGAAGUCUUUCUCUAAGCCUUUCAAAAAUGUCUGUAAAUCAUAUUCAAAGGAAAAUAUACAGAAUGAUUUCCAAAAUUGCAAACCACGCCAUGACCCAUAUGCACCAAAUUCCCUUGUUAUGCCACGGCCAAACAAGAAUCAUCAGUGGCUGUUCAAUAAGACCUGUCGCCCUCUUGUGGAUGUAGUAAUAGAUCCAUACCUUGUAUGUCAUCUUCGACCACAUCAGAAAGAAGGAAUCAUAUUCCUUUAUGAAUGCCUGAUGGGAAUGAGAAUGAAUGGCAGAUAUGGAGCUAUUCUUGCCGAUGAAAUGGGUCUAGGGAAAACACUGCAGUGUAUUUCGCUCAUCUGGACUCUCCAGUGUCAGGGACCUUAUGGAGGCAAGCCAGUAAUAAAGAAGACACUUAUCGUCACACCUGGAAGCUUGGUGAAUAACUGGAUGAAAGAAUUUAAAAAAUGGCUGGGAGGUGAGAGGAUCAAGAUAUUUACUGUGGAUCAGGAUCACAAAGUAGAAGAAUUCAUUAAAUCUCCAUUAUAUUCUGUUCUUAUCAUAAGUUAUGAAAUGUUACUUCGUUCCCUUGAUCAAAUUAAGAAUAUAAAAUUUGACCUUCUUAUUUGUGAUGAAGGACAUCGCUUGAAGAACAGCGCCAUUAAGACAACUACAGCCCUCCUUAGCCUCUCUUGUGAGAAAAGAGUAAUUCUUACAGGUACUCCGGUUCAAAAUGAUCUGCAAGAAUUUUUUGCAUUAAUUGAUUUUGUAAAUCCGGGCAUAUUAGGCUCUCUGUCAUCCUAUAGAAAAAUAUAUGAAGAACCCAUUAUCACAUCAAGAGAACCUUCUGCUUCUGAGGAAGAAAAGAAUUUAGGAGAGUCACGAGCUGCUGAACUUACUCGCCUCACUGGACUCUUUAUCCUUAGAAGAACCCAGGAAGUCAUAAAUAAAUAUCUUCCACCUAAAAUAGAGAAUGUUGUUUUUUGCCAGCCAGCAGCUCUACAGAUUGAGCUUUAUCGAAAGCUGUUGAACUCUAAGGCUGUGCGGUUCUGUCUUCAGGGGUUGCUGGAAAAUAGUUCUCAUUUGAUAUGUAUAGGAGCUCUUAAGAAACUGUGCAAUCAUCCCUGCCUUUUGUUCAGUUCUAUAAAGGAGAAAGAAUGUAACUCAGCUUGUGAUGAAAAUGAAGAGAGACGUCUGUAUGAAGGCUUGGUCAGUGUGUUCCCUGUUGAUUACAAUCCUCUCAUGUUCACUGAGGAGGAGUCAGGAAAACUGCAGGUGCUGACCAGGCUACUAGAGGUCAUCCGUGAACUCCGCCCUUCGGAAAAGGUGGUGUUGGUAUCCAACUACACACAGACCUUGAAUAUUUUACAAGAAGUUUGCAGUCGCCAUGGAUAUGCCUAUACAAGGCUUGAUGGACAAACACCAAUCUCUCAAAGGCAGCAAAUAGUUGAUGGCUUCAAUAGUAAAUACUCUUCCGACUUUGUUUUCCUGUUAAGUUCAAAGGCUGGUGGUGUGGGACUUAACCUUGUUGGAGGAUCUCACUUAAUUCUCUACGACAUUGAUUGGAAUCCAGCUACUGAUAUCCAGGCAAUGUCUAGAGUUUGGAGAGAUGGACAGAAGCAUCCUGUACAUAUUUACAGACUUUUAACCACAGGUACGAUAGAAGAAAAGAUCUAUCAGAGACAAAUUAGUAAGCAAGGUCUCUCUGGAGCAGUUAUGGACUUGGCCAAGACAUCAGAACAUAUUCAGUUUUCAGUAGAGGAGCUUAAAAAUUUGUUCACUUUACAUGAAAGUUCCCACUGUGUUACCCAUGACCUGCUUGACUGUGAGUGUACAGGAGAACAAGAUCAUACAGAUGAUUCAUCGGGAAAAUCUUCUAUGCCUAGAAAUUGUCAGCUUGGCGCACAUCACCAGAGUUCUAAUUCCCUGAAACCUCUCUCCAUGUCUCAGCUGAAGCAAUGGAAACAUUUUUCUGCAGAUCAUGCGAACAUUCCAGAUCCUUUUCUUGAUAGAAUUAGAGAAAAUGUCUCAUUCUUUUUUCAGAAUAUAACUAAUCAAGCUGAUGCUGUUUGA